AUGCGGGCUAGCAUCGUCCACAAUCGUCCGCCAAAGAGCUGGCAGCCGUGGCCCGCAUGUCUCACUGCCACCCCGAAGAACGAGGGGAGAAAGGAAAGAAAGGCCGCGAAGGUGUUCAGAAGAAAGCAGAAGAGCGCUAACAACGCAGAUGCUGCAGCAGAGGGAGAAAGACUGGCAGUCUGCGGCGCGGGCAGGACAUGGACAUCGUGCAAAGAACCUAUUUGCCUCGCGUCCGGCAGUCCAGCCAUCGGGACACGGAGUUUGCAGUAUGAGACAAAGAUAGCGUCGACGAAUGUCUCAAUGGGCCUUUCCUCGCCAUCUGCAGAGGUAUGCAGAGCCGCGUUUGCCAGUGGGAUCCAGCAUGGCGUAGAGCAAGGGCCUGUGCAUGGACAGCAAGAAGUGACAUGCUUGUUCCAUUGGCCAGAUCUUUUCGAGAUGCGAGAACGAGACGAUGUCGCUGGCAUAAUCAUCGUAUGA